CCAAAGACAAAGCCGAAAACGGAAGUUGAAGGAACUAUGAAUGUCAAACUGUAGCAUGGUGGGCUGCGUAGUUAACUAACCCACAGUGUAAAAAUGUCAAUGUACAGUUUAUUUAGGAUAGUAAGGCUAACAAAAUGCAUCACAAGCAACGCUACAACGUCGCUGUGUAGAACUAACAUAUUGAACACAACACAGACUUGCGGGUAUGCUAGGAAAGCUGUGGUCAAAGGGAAAGGCAAAGGUGUGGUAAAGGAAGAGCUGAAAGGUCCAGAAGUGUGUAAAGACCCUGUUAAACUUACCACUUAUGCAGUAGGGGUCAACAUCUUCAAGCAAGGGGAAGACCCCCAGCUGAAGCCUAAAGAGGAAUAUCCAGAAUGGUUGUUCCAGUUGAACCUGGGAAACCCCCAAAAACUGCCCGAGCUGGAACCAGACACUUGGGAAUACUGGAAGCGUCUGAGGAAGGAAAACAUUUGGCGUUCCAACAAACUACAUAAAGUGAAAAAGUUUUAGAUCUUCAUCUGGACUGACAGGGGGGUUCUUCCUGUACAUUGAGUUGCUUCAAACUCUGUGGACUUAAUUACCAGUCACGGUGCACUGUAUGUACAGAUCCAGAGUUCGGCUUCCUGCUGGAAAUAAAUUUGACCAACUCUUUGCCACUUCCUGUGUGUCAUUUGAAAGCGUGGAGCAUAUUUUGUGGCCCUCUGGUUAGAAUAAAUGUGAAAACUGAACCACACAAUCAUGUUCAACAGGUUUCAUUUGCCUAGCUGUCAUGAAAUUUUAGUUCAAGUUUCCAUGAUAUACAGUUAAAUCGUAGUUAUUUAGGGAUACUGCAGAGCAUUUCAAUACAUGUACAAUUAAUUUGUACAUGUAUUGAAUUUCUUCUUUUUUUUUUUGUCCAUUAUGAGAAAAAGUCUGGUGAUGUGUACACAGAUUGCUUUUUCACUAUGUGGUGUUUUUUGCAGAUUUAUUAUGAAUAAAAAUGAAUAAAUAUCCUACAAAUUA